CUCCUUCAUCGUGCCCUAUAGACGUUGCUAAACUAAGCUAGCUGUCAGCAGCAUCGCGCCGGUGACAGUCCAGACUCCACAGACUUCCCCUUCCGGACACAUCGCCACCGCACGAUGGCCGUCCCUCCUUCAUACGCAGACCUGGGCAAAGCCGCCAAGGACAUCUUCAGCAAAGGCUACGGCUUCGGAGUCGUGAAGCUGGACCUGAAGACCAAGUCCCAGAGUGGAGUGGAGUUCAACACGUCCGGCUCCAGCAACACGGACACGGGGAAGGCGGCCGGCAGCCUGGAGACCAAAUACAAGAUGAAGGAGCUCGGCCUGAACUUCAACCAGAAGUGGAACACGGACAACACGCUGAGCACCGAGGUGUCGGUGGAGGACCAGCUGACUCAGGGACUGAAGGUGGCCUUGGACACGUCUUUUGUACCCAACACGGGUAAGAAGAGCGGGAAGCUGAAGUCGGCCUACAAGCGCGACUUCAUGAACCUGGGCUGCGACGUGGACUUCGAGGGUCCCGUCGUCCACGCCGCCGGCGUGCUGGGCUACGAGGGCUGGCUGGCCGGCUACCAGAUGGCCUUCGACACGGCCAAGUCCAAACUGACCCAGAACAACUUCGCCCUGGGGUACCGGGCCGGAGACUUCCAGCUGCACACCAACGUUAACGACGGUACGGAGUUCGGCGGCUCCAUCUACCAGAAGGUGAACGAGGAGCUGGAGACGGCGGUGACUCUGGCGUGGACGGCCGGCAGCAACAACACUCGCUUCGGCAUCGCCGCCAAGUACAAGCUGGACAAAGACGCCUCCCUCUCCGCCAAAGUGAACAACGCCAGUCUGAUCGGAGUCGGCUACACUCAGAGCCUCCGGCCAGGGGUGAAGGUCACGCUCUCCGCUCUGAUCGACGGGAAGAACUUCAACGCCGGAGGUCACAAGGUCGGGAUGGGCUUCGAGCUAGAGGCGUAGACAGGAGAAAGAAGCCCCGCCCCCUCACCAUCAUGUAGCUCCUCCCCCUCACACACCCGAGUUGUGGAAGUGACACUAUUUAUUCCCCUGUCGUGGUCACAACCAAAUGGUGCCGAGUGUUUGUUAUUUAAUCCGUUUAAAUGUUACACGAACAUCUGACUGAAGACAUCGAGCUUUGAAUGAAGGAGUUAUUGAAUUAAAGGGCCAGCGACGUUCGGUUGAUGCUCCCACACGACCUCUGAGCCUCAGCGUGUUUUUCAUCUAAUUGUGUCAUCGUGAUUAUAAAAAUAGUUUUUCUUUGUCACAUAGCAACAGUACCUCCAUAUUUUUCCACGUCAAUCAAUUAAGGGAAUUCAAAUAAUAAAAUAAAUCAUGUCUCAGAA